AUUAUUUUUCUGUGCGACGCGCGCGCACACGGCCAUACAGUUUACCCGCAGAAGCCGCCGCCGAUCGUCUGACAGGCCGGACGCGCGAUAUUUUUCAAUAACGUAAACGUAACCGUGCACGUUACACACGCACCGUGCGCCGCCACGUAACAGCACAACAAUAUCGCCAGGCGUAUUUCCGUUCGUCGCGAUAGUUUUGUCCGUCCCGCGCGGACAAAUUGAUAAACCCGAAAAAAACAACCGAAACAUUCGCAAUGGCGACGACCACGAACGUCUUUUGGGCGCUGUCCGCGGUGAUUCUGCUCAAAGCAACAGGUACGUUUGUGCGUUGGUAUUGUUAUACGCGUUGCGCGCAGUUUUCGUGUCUUUUUUUUUUUUCCCCCGCGAGCACGGAAAUCGUAAACACUUAUUGCUGCGAAACGGUCGCGGCGUUAUUAUUAUUGUGAUUGUUUGUUCAUUUUUCGCCCGCCGUCACUAUUAUAAUUAUUGUCAUUGUUCCGGCGGUCGAAGCGCCCGACGCCCGACGGACGCACGGGUCGCCCGAUCUCGCGUUGUCCGACUCCGGCUGUUUAUCGUCUCCGGCGUUCUGAAUCCCCCGCACCGUGUCGCGACGGUCGCGCCGAAAACGAUCGCGCGGCCUUUUUCGUCGUGCCGGACGACGUCAACGCUGUAUCCGGGGUGCGGCCCCGACGAACGAGCAUUUUCGCAUCAAACGCCGCAAUUCGUACAUUUAUUUUUCUGUUAUAUUUUCGCAGACGACGACCGACGGCGAUUGCACGUGCUUUAAAGAGCUGCCGUCGCGAUAGCGUAACACGACAGUUUACUUUCACUGUCGUCCGCACGGAGAAACGUUUAAGUGAUAGUGACAUUCGUUCACAUUCUGUUACAAUAGAUUACGGUGAACCGUUAGGAACCGAACGAUUCGGCCAUCGUUUCGCUAUCGUUCGUGAAAAAUACAAACGUUUCCGGUCGCGCUAUGAUACAAUACUAUUACUAUAGCUGCUAUCAUUAUCGUGAUGCAGAACCGAAACGCAUGCAUGAAAGUAUCUAUCGCGAUAGUUCGUGAUAGUGUAUUGUUCGCAUGGCGACAGUGUAGUACAAACCCUCAUGACAGAGGCCAUCGCGAUCGAUCUAUUAUCGCGUUACCGCGGCUCUAUAUUAUACAUUGAAAACAGCGUUUUACCUACUGUUCCCUCGCCUCCCCCCCCCCCCNCCCCCCCCACAGGAGAUCGUACCGUUUAUUACAAUGUGUGUACAAAGUACGUGCUCGUUUAAGGUACACGGAGUAGGGGUAAAAAAUUAAAAACGGCUUUAAAAUAAAACUCAAACGAGCCGGUAACGGUUAGAAAAAAAAAAAAAAAAAAAACAGAAACAAAAUCGGCUUAAAGAAUUCCGAGAUAACUGCCGGUUCGUGGUAAACAAAAUCGCCAUGUAUUACUCGUACACCCAUUCCGGAACAUCGAACAAAAUGUGUGCCGCGUACGACCUCCGCCGUUAGCGGAGGCUAUGCGCGGCCGUUGAGGUCGUUUUAAAAUGCAAAUUCGCGAGCAGUUUGUCGGCGCCGACGACAAUUCCCCCGGUAUUCCGGUCGUAAUAACCAUAACAUUAUAAUAUCGCGUAUAGGGCGUAGUCGAGAAUUGUCUCGUUUGAAACACGUUUUUUUUUUUUUUUUUUUUUUAUCGAAAUGACAUUGCGCUCGGCACCGUCGAUCGCGUUAUUGCGUCAUGCGGAUAUCAAAUUGAUCGGUUGAAAUGACGUUCUCUAUACAGUACGAAUUAUACAGGUACGUUGUACAGGGGUGCGCACGGGGGAGGCGGGAGAGACGGGCAGCCGCCUUCCGCGCGGGGUCCUCCCCGGCCAAAGUAUUUCUUUAUUUCGAUUAUUAUUUUUUUUUUUUUUUAAGUUUUCGUCUUAUAUAGUCCAGAGCCGUUUUUCCGCGGAAAUAUCGGUUUUAAAAAAAAAAAAAAAAAAAACAAUAAAACAACCCCCGACACCGCCGAUAUCGGGUAUCGAUUUAGGCAUGCACCGUCCCCCUUGAAUGUAAGAAAUUUUCGAACGCGGUCAAGUAAAACAAAAUGUCGUUCAUAUAAUUUAUAAACAUUAUUUUCGAUCGACCCCGGGCAGUCUAACGAUAAUUGGGGGCUGUGAAUUCGUUGAAAACAAUUUGUUUGUGAAACUUUUAUUUUGCAUUUUUUAACGUUUUUAAUUUCCAUGCCGUUUUUUCGACAUUUCAAGUUUUAUUUUCCUUUCUAGUCCAUAAUCCGGUAUUUUUAAUCGAAUUCCGUCGACUGACAUCUUUACACGCGUAUUUCUUGUUUCACACAGACUGUAUACGCGUCAAAUUUAUAUUUUAUAAAAUAAUAUUUUACACAAGCUGUAUGCGGGGUUAGGUGAUGGAAAGGAUUCAACAAAAUGAGGCAAUGUUGCAGGUAUCGACUUAUAAUUUUUUUUUUUUUUUUUUUGUAUUAAAUAACUGUAGAAAUCAAAUCAAAAACCGUUUUAUAUUGCAUUUUUUUUUUUUUUUUUGAGACUUUAAAUGCGUGUUUAAUCGCGUUUUCGAGGGUUUUCGUCGUGCGUUUAAAUUCGCAGCCCCGGCAACGCUAUUGGCGUGUGUAAUACGCGCCGUUAUAAUCGCCCGCGCGUUAUGACCGCCGUCGUACGUGGCCCGCAUAAAAACGCGGCGCUAUUGUGAUACGGAAAGUUGCGUCAGAUUCGAAUGAAAGAGAAGGAAAAAAAAAAAACAAAAAAAAAACGAAAGAAAAACGCCGCGAGACCGACGGCGGUUGAGCAACCGACCGCCGCGUACAGCGCGCGCACGCGAAUGCGCGUGGGCCGUACCGCGGGACCCGUGACGUUGCGGAUCGGAACGGAAACGGCCAGCCAAGGGCCUCGGGGCGCGGGCAACGAUCCGGGCGCGCGCGCGAUAACGCGAAACAAGAGCGCACGACACGGUAUCGUAACGCAUUACCGUAAUGAAUUACGGCGACCGCGCGGGUAACCGUGCCGCGCGACCGCGAAACCGUAGGCGUAUUGUUAUCGCCCGCGGCGGUGCGGUAACGCGCGCGCCCGCAACCUAACCCGACCCAACCCGCGACCCGUCGGGCGCGAUAAUAUUUUACGUUUUUUUUUUGUUUUCCUACGGGCGCGCCGAGCGGUUUUCGCUGCCGCUGACGGGUGAAAGUCGAGCGCGCGGUCUGAAAAAAAAAAAAAAAAAAAACCGAACGGAACGAGACGAUAAUGUUACGACGCGCGUUCCUCCCCGACCCCGGCCGCAAACUGGUUAUUUCGCGCGCGCGCGGUCCGAACCGCGUGGACGGGGACCGGACGGCCAGAGACGCGGGCGAGCGGAAAAAAUUUAAGACGCCGCCGCCGUCGCUUCGAGACUGCGGGCCACUUGCGGCGGCGCAUCCGGGAGUUAUUAUUUCCGUGGUUUGGGGGCUGGGUGCUGGGGUUUUUUUUACUAAUUUAAAAAAAAAAAAAAACAAUUUCGGACGUUUAUUGGUGGGGCGCAGGGGGCGAGUUGGGUUUAUGAGUGCGAUCUCUAUAAGCUGAUCAUCAUGGCGUGACGUAUUCUAUGUAUUCUAGACAUUAUUACAUACUGUCACUCAGCUCGACUAGCUCCGUGUGAGUCUAUUUGAUGAGCCCGAAUAAUUUCUCCGCUGGACCACCCAUACUGUCGUUCCCUUUUUCGAGUCUGCCUCUCCUUCUUUUUAUUUUGUACAAACGAAUUGAUAUUAUUUAAUCAACCGCUCUAAUAGCAGCGAGCUCCAGAUUUUGUAUCAGUCGACAUUAUAACUGCAAUUAAAAAAAAGCUGUCCUAGGCUAAACGGGACGGGUACAGCCACUGUUAUAGGCGAGAAGUUGUGAGGGGAUUCUCAUCUAUGUUAGCACCGUUGCUAACGAAAAGACGAUUCUGAGCAGAGCCCAGUUGAUAGUGUCGCUUUGUCAACAACACAGUAUACGUCAGACCGUACAUUAAAUUACCUAUAACAGUAGCUGCACCCGUCUCCGUUAUCCUAGGACGUCUUCUAUUUUAACUUAUAUCUACAUUUCGUACAUUUUCCCGUUUUCCCUCGGUUAUUUUCGGCUUUUUCCAACGAACUGACCACUUUAAAGUACUACGCCAGUCAGUUUUUCUUUCAGGAAAAUUGCUACACUUGAAAAUCGAAAUAAUAUUUUUGGUAGAAAAGUUGUUCACAGAAAAAAGAAUGUAAUAAAAUAAACAUCAUUGUGAAAACAUAAGCUUCUUCACUCCACUCAGAAUCUAAAGAUAUACACGACACGAAAUAACGCAUGGUGUUACUACUCAGUCAUAGACCAUUUUAUCACUGCUAUCACUUCGACAUGUUUCGGUUAGUGCGAAUCUCAAUAGUGAUAAUGAUUGUGAAAGAGAACUAUCGAAUCUGCUUUCGCAAUAGAAACAAUCGACACUGAACAAGAAAUUUUAUUUUCCAUUUUCAUGAAAAUGUUUCAGUAUUUCAUAGUAGUUUUCUCAAUAUUUUAGAGCAUGUUUUAGGUUCCGGGUCAUUUUUCGAUAUAAAAUUCAAAUUUUAAAUUUUAUUUUAAGGUUGGAGAACACUGUCGAUAAUUUUUAUUUCUAUUUUAUUAAUUUGUUUGCAUUAUGCAUUUUUACAGCGAUCCAGAGCCAGGGAUACAGCGCGGAACAGUCAUCGCAGUGUCCGGAACAGCACGGCGAACAGACGUACCCGCAUCCCGAUUACUGCGACCAGUUCUACUUGUGCACGAACGGCACGUUGACAUUGGAACAAUGCGGCAACGGUCUGCUGUACGACGGCAAGGGGGCCGCCUAUCAUCACUGCAACUAUCACUGGGCCGUCGAUUGCGGCAACCGUAAAGCUGAACGUACGUUGGUCGCACUAGAAAAAAACGAUUGGCAAUAGAAUUUCCCCCGGGGCGGAAGGGAAACGUGCGUAAAUUAAAAAGAAUGGCCCAAGGACAGCCCAUUCGAAUCGCCCGAUAAUUACGCCGCCCGGAUUGUCCCCGUUCCCCAGGACCGCCCAGGUCCUAAUCUAACCUGACAGACUCCACGAAAAUAUUACCGUUAGACGCGUCUAAAUACAGUAUCGAACCGUGAACCUUCUGCGCAUGCGCUUCUGUACUUUACCGCCAUACCGAAAUCUCUUAUCAGUUACCACUAUGUCGUGUAUCCACGAGGCGGAUAUAUUUUUAUUAUUGUAUCCGCCACCGUACGUUGGGACAUUUUUGUAACAUCGCGAUUUGUUAUUUAAUUUUCGAUAUUUCAGAGCAUUUUCUCACUGCCGUUUUCUCGUCCGCGCGCGAGUGAUGGCUAUCGACGGCUGCGGUCUUCGACUCGGGAUUUGUCCACGUAGCCGUAUAUACGAAAUGAUGUUUCACAGUUGAUAUUAAUACGUUGAUAUACGCCGCCGUUGCUAUUGAUUCAACGGCACGCGUCGAUGUAACGCAACAAUGCAUAGCUAUGAAAAUAAAUGAACGUUAUAACAUAAUAACAUUGGUAAAACGAUAACUUAUAAGAGAUUUCGACAAAGUGAUGCGUUAUAGCGUAUUGGCGCAGGAGAUUCGCGGUUGUUCUCGCGGAUGCCGUUUCCCGUGCAUAUUGAACGCCCGUUAGUAAGAGAAUGUCUCGCGAUGUUUUAGCGCGUAUAUCACAAAUCCGAACGUCAAUGUCGUUUUCGUUUUAUGCUUUUAUGCUCUUACAGAAUAUUAUGUUUGGAACUUUAGACCGUAUUAUUUUCUGCGCGAACCGCCACCGGGUGUUGUACCGUCGCGGAAACAAAGUGAACGUCCGUCUAUUAUUAGACUAUUUAACCGGGGUGGGGAGGAGGCGAGGGGGUUGGAGUGAGGCCCCUGGCAUUUUAUUAAAUUAUUUCUUUUAAAAAAAAAAAAAAAAAAAAACCGUUCGCCAAUGACGCAGUCAGAAACUAUACCUAUUAAAUUAUUUAUUAGUUCAUUUUUUUCGAGACCAGAUCGCCACACUCGAGUUUAUAUUAUUACACACUAUAACCGUCGUUAUUUACCGGCAGCGUUGCGUUUUAUCGAUAUCGAUAAAACCUAAUAUUAUCGAAUCGCCAUAAAUCAUAAUAUUGAUUUUUGAAUCCAUACGUUUGCCAGACCUGGUGUAUGAAUCUGGUACACUUUUAACACUGUAAACAGUGUAAUCAUUACGGUAUAGAUAAUAAAAAAAUUAUGAUUUUUUUUUUUUUUCGGUUUUAAUAAAAAGUCGUUAAUUAUCUCCCAUCUGUAUAUCUAAUUAAUUAAAAAAUAUAUUGUUGUAUAGUUAUUAUACAUGAGCGUAACUAUCCGAAACUAUCCGUGUAGAUAUUUUUAAUUAGUGUAUUAUCGUUGUACAACACGAUUGUGUUUACCGCAAGAAACUCGGUCUUACAUUUAUUUCAAUCGUCCUACAAAAAAAAUAUUAUCAGUUGAUCCGUUUAAGUGCGGUACGCUGAUUACCUAGGAAUCCGUUUUCUAGAACAUUCAAGAAACAAGGUGCUCUGUAAUUUUAUAUUUACGUCAUUUUGCGUUACCCUUAUUUUCGGGCAUUAAACCACUAUCUACUUUUGAUUUUCCAAUGGCAACCCGUAUUAAACAUCACAUAAAUAGAUGGAGUAUUAGUUAAAAUAUAUUUGAGUGUUGAAAAUUUUGAUUUCCGCCGAUCUGUUGACGAGGUAUUUCACUUUUAAGUUUCGGUUGGACCGGAGUAGAGGCGUGUUAAUAACGAACCACUUUCGCCGUUGGAUAAUCAAAAGUACGUAGUCGUUUUUCCCCCCCCCCCCCCGAAAAUAAGGGUGACAAAAAAUAACGUUAACGUGAAAUUAUAGAGCAGCUUGUUUUUCAAAUGUUCCAGGAAACAUAUUCCGGAAAAAGUUAAUACUUUCCGAGAUAAUGAUCGUACCCUCUUAAAUGGAUCACCCGGUAUACAUACUCGUAAUUCGAUUUCGUAUAAACGUCCUGUAUUCGUGGCGUUAUGAAUACCAACCACCGGUGUGCGAAAUAUUAUAUUUCGUCAUUUACGUGCACGAUUAUUAUUUUUUUGCGACGUUACAUCAGCGCGCCUAAACGCGAUUUUCGUGUGAUAUGAUUACGACUAAAAAUGAAAUUAUUGGCAAAUCGCUCGCGCCGAGAUCGACACAACAUUACGUACUGUGGUAUUAUUUGUAAUACACACGCGAUAUGCUAUUGUAAAACGUAUUCCUAUAGUGGUGCGCGCACAAUCGGAAAAAAAGGGGGGCUAAAAUCAGCGUGUAAUAGCGUUCGCUCGCGGUAUUUCGUCUUUACGCGGACCGAUUUUUUAUUAAAUUUUUUUUCUCCGUAAAAACCUCGAGAGUGACAAACGUAAUUAUUGCGCUCACGCCUAACAGUUAGACUUUCUUAGGGAUGCGAAAACGGCCCCAAGGACCAACCCGUCACGUGAUUGCACCCAUACGCCCUCAAGUAUCCACAAUAAAUGAUAAUCGAGCCUUUCAAUCUGAUUUUCCUGUUUGUCCAAGACCUUCGUGACCACGGCUUACCACCUCAUCAUUCGGUCUUUCCGGGGGUCUUCUCCGUGCCGUGUCCCUUUCCAGCGCAACACUGACUUCUGUACCCCGACCAGGGCCUGAUUAAAAGAAAUAGAGGCCUUGAGAACUGCUUACUUUGGUGCGUCUUUUAAAUUAAAAUUAAAAACAAGCAAAAAUUUAGAAGAAAAUGUCAUAACGAACAGUUCAGUUUUUCUUGCGUUUAAGAAAAACACAUUCAAAUGUUUGUAUAUUCCAGUGCUGCAGAAAAUAAUACACAGCUAGUAUAAUUAAAUUAAAUAAUAUGUUUAAAUUCUAUUCAACAAUAAUUGCUUAUUCAAUACUUAGUCGUAUGUCUACCUGAAAUAUCUUUAAAAAUUACAAUUUUUCUUUUUUCUCUCGUAGAAUGAAAAGGGAACCCUAAGAAUUUGGGGGGUCUUGUGCUCGUGCACCGCAUGCACACACGUAAAUCGGGGCUUGUUCCUGUCUAUCGUUUUAAUCGCGUAUUCUUCUGCAGAUGACUUAUACGAUGUUUGAUUUCUGACGUACAGCAAUGUUCUAGUUCCUCGCGAUUCCUCAUUCUCUACUCGUUGGGUCUCGGUAUGUUUUACAGCUCCGAAAAUCGUACCCGGCGUUUUCCUAUCAAACACGAGAUGCUUAUUAUGAAAUUUACAGCUACAAUAAUAUAAUAACAAUAUGUACGUAAACUUUUUGUGUCGACCGCAGUGGUGCCGAUCAGCUCGCCGGGAUGCGAAUACCAGUUCGGUCUGUUUUCGGACGGUUCCGCUUGCAGCACCGACUACGUGAAAUGCGAACACGGUUCACCGUACAAACUGCCCUGCGAACCGGGUCUGGCGUACGACGACAGGAUCAAGAAGUGCAACUGGCCCGACGAAUUGGUCGACUUGGGAUGUAGCCCCGCCGGUGAGUAUACCGCGUUUAUAUCGUGGUCCUCUUAUCGGCCACCAACAUUCCACCUCGACAUAGUCAUUUUUUCUUCUCUGUCAUCUGUGACCCCUUAUCCUGCAUGCCUCCCGUCUCGUCGCUUCUUCAACGGCAUACGUAAACGCUGAACGCGUUCGUUUUGGCGAUACAGUUUUGAGCGUCCCGGUCACUGUAGUUUAGCGAACAAACGUUUUUGGCGAUAUUGUUUACUGCAAUUAUUUAAUAACUGACUGCGCUUUUAUUUUUGAAAACCAAACCGGUAAACGUUUAUAAACGACAGUCGCGCGGAUGUUCAUACUGUACAGUAAUAAACAAAACGAAAACUGCAUCGCCAAAACAACACGCCUAUUGUGACUUGUGCGGUAAUAAUAUCGAUGAUUAUUUUAAUGUAAUUUCCGCAGAUAUAAUCGGAUUCAGCUGUCCGGACAAAAUCGACCCGCACUCGAUCUCGGCCAAAUUCGAACCGUACCCGAGAUUCGCGCUUCCCGGAGACUCGCACAGGCUUAUCACUUGCGUGCACGGUCACCCCAGGUUGAUCAGCUGCGGCGAGGACAGUGUCGUGGACGAAUCUUCACUGACGUGCGUCGAGAAGGAGUACGUAUACAGUUUAUACAGCUUCGGAAUUGCCUAUUCGCAAUGAAAUAAAAAAACAAAACACAUUUGAUCCAUUUCUAUGAUAUACCUAAUGCCUAUUAUUUGGGAUUGUCGGAUUUACAGCGAGUUUCUGUAUAAAAGCAUUUAUAUAAUGGCUAGCUAAAUUACCCGAUAUUUUCCGCGGGCUCAAUCCUAUCGAAAACAGAAAUCAGAUCUAACUUCAAUCUAACGUGUCUGCCUGUUACUGCCCGGUAAUUUAUCUUUUAAAAAGAGUGUAUUUCUUUGCCCGUGACGACCAAAUUGACCGAUAAUAACCGUUUUUUUUUUCCGUUCGUGUCACCAAGGUAACCCAUAAAUCAACAAUAUAAAAUCCAAUGUUCGUUUCGAAAAAUACCGAAAACCACGUGCAAACCGUGUUUAAGGGUUUACUUUUGAGAUAGAGAGUAAACAACGAUCUUUGUCUUGUUCCGAAUGUCAAAUGUUCAAAAAAGUUCCGUCAAUACAUUGUAACUCGAUAAAAAUAAUCUUGAAGACCUGGCAUUUUUGCUGAAUACUUAGACUAGCAUUUUCUAGACGAUUUUUGAAAUUUUCUAGUAUUUUGCUUUUAGAUAUAAAUAGCUAUUUCAAAUUCACGAAAACUCGUUUGGUUUUAUGCGGAUAAAAUUUGUUUGAUUCAUGUCAAAGAUGUAUGCAUAUUAUUAUGCUAAAAAAAUUUGAAACGAGGUUCGUCAUAUGUUGUACUCGGUGGUAAAGCGGUAAAGUUGAGCGUAAUUUCAUAGUUUAUUUUUAUAUAAGUCUUAAGUAAAAAAAGCCCGUUGAAAUUCGUAAUACACACAAACAAUCAUUGAAGUAAUUAAUUGUAGAGUUCCGUUGACAGGAGCCAACCUAACCGGGGAUGCCGUAAUCUCUGUGACAGUAGAUCGGAUCUUACCCAUCUGAACAAUAUGAUACAUUCUAAUUUAUAGAUUUAUUUUUUUUUUUUUAAACGUUAAAGGACGACAUAUUUCAGUAACUAUAAUGCACAUUAUCUUCGAGUGUAUAUAAAGAUUUUAAGGGUGCACCCGGGCAUAUUUAUAUAUAUGUCUGCCCCAAUAACGACGUAUAUAUCAAUUAACUUUUAAAAAUUCUCCCUACGCUAAAUGAUUUCAAAUUAUGAAGCAUAAUAAUAUAAACCACCGAAAUAAAAUUUGCUCGAUCGCCGUAACGAAAAUCAAACUUUUCGAUCAAAUACGUCAAAAAUUUAAACCCGAUAUAAACCGGGCUUUAGAAUGAAAACAUACAUUGCACGACGGAUUGGCCGCUGUUGUAGACGAGAAGUUGAGAAGGUUGGAUAUAAAGGGGAAUUCGAUUUGUAUUUGUACACAACGAUAAAACAUUGCUAACGAAAAACGAUUCGGAUUGAAAUUCGGUUAUACAUAUUUUACAUAUUAACAUUUUAAUCAAAAUUUGAUAAAAAAAAAAAAAAGUGAUUAAAAAAAAUACUUUAUUAAACUCAAUAAUCUAUUUUUUUUCACCACAAAGUGCGAUUUAUUAUGAACCUCCUGUUAAAUUCACAAUCAUUAGUGUUCAGCUUAAUAAUUUUAUCCACAGAGUACCUAUCCAAUAUAAAUUACGUAAAAACUCGCAAUUAAAAAAUGUCUAUAAAUGGCUCAAAAAUAGUUCAAAUAGUUUGAAAACAUAUUUAUCAUUCGAGAAAAGGCACAUAGAAGUCUUCUGUCCGAAUUUCAAGUCUCUUCGAAUAUUUUUAACCGCAUUGCAUCAAAAAAACAAAAUUGAAAAUCAUACAUUUCGUAAAUGUUUCCCGUUUUUCCCCAAUUAUUAUGAAAACCGCUCGGAAAAUCAAAAAUUGUCCUUCUUAAUGUCUCAACUAAAUAGAAUUUCCCUUCAAAAAAGAUGCUAUACUUGAUACAUCAGAGCAAGACUUCUGGUUGAUGAGUUGCUCACGGAAUAAAAAAAAAAAAAAAAAUAGUAAUAAACAUUAUUUGUUAAACCAAUACAUUCUUCGCUACGUUUCGAACUGAAAAUAAAACCAAUCGAAAACCGAUUUACAUGUCGAGAACAAUAAUAUUAAUAUCAUGUUGGUUACCAGGUGCGUCAGAAAAACGGCCGUAUUAAACCGUCAAGAUUUUUUUAUUUAUUUUCUCACAGUCGCGUAUGUUUAGCCGUGGUUACCGUAUUUAUAUGCAUCGCAAUAACAUAUCAAUUCGUACGGCUUUUUCAGAUUCUAAGUUGAGCUUGGAAUUUAUUGGUUUUGCAAUGACGUUUAUUUCUUUUUUUUUUUUUUAUGUGAACAUUUUUUUCUACCAAAAAGCUUACUCCGAUUAUCAAAUAUAGCAUCUUUUCUGAAAGGAAAUAUUCUCUGGGUGGUACUUUGAAGAAGUAACUUUCUUUGAAAUCCUCAUUAAUAUUCGAGAUAAUGAGGAAAAUCUGGUUCUUCAGGUUAAAAAACAUUGAAAGAUUCGAAAUAAGGUUGUUAUUGGCAACCGUUUUUGUUAAUUUGUUGUUAUUAUUAAAUUUUGUAAACAAUCAUUGUCGUCACGGAAACGCCCAUUGUUAAGAAAUGUAGGUAAAAAGCUGGUAUUAUCAACUGAACUCUGCUCAGAAUCAUUUUUUCGUUAGCAAUGGUUUACCGUUGCUUACAGAUAUAUAUUAAAUUCCCGUGUGUAUCCUGCCUACCCAACUUCCCAUGCACCCACGUACGAAGUAUGUCAGUCUUUUUUUUUUUUUUAAUCUCUUUGAUAUUUUCCGUUCCCCGUUAUUUGUUCGAUUUUUAAACAGCGUAUUAAUGUGUACACAACCGCGUGUUUUAACGAGAAUCGUUAUUUUAUCACGAAGUUCACCGCAAUUAUAUUUUGUAUCCUGCCUACCCAACUUCCCAUGCACCCACGUACGAAGUAUGUCAGUCUUUUUUUUUUUUUUUUUGUUAUAGGUCCCACUACAGAAAAAGAAAGUAGAUCGUAUCGUUAAUCCAUUUGUGCCAUGUUCAUAGUGUACAUUUUCAUUGAAUCAUAUAUUAUUAUUAUCUUAUUAUUAUAUACCUACCGUUGUACAAAUUAUUCGGAUGGCAUACGAAUUACGAGUAUAAUAUUAUUAUGGCAUCGUUACACGAAAACAUAUAAAAUACAUUAUAUUUUUUUUAUGAAAAAAUUAUUUGACCAAAUUAAAAUUGAAAAAAAAAAUAAAAUAAACAUUUUACAAAUAUAUAUAUAUAUGUAUAUGCUGUACAUUGUGUUAA